ACUUUGUGUGGACCUUAUAUGUGGCCUUUUCCAUCCAUAGUGUGCAUAAUUGCAUAUAUUAGCCCUUAUCUUCAAACCAAGACAUUAGCCAUCUAGCUCUUGUUGACAUUCCAAUAACUUUGGUGCUAUGAUCAUGGAGAUCAAUGCAUCCCCCGACAACAUUAAUUCAGUCAAGUACAACGUACAUGAAAAACAGCCUUACCGAACUUGGUACCACUUUCAGCCCCCACAAAAUUGGAUGAAUGAUCCAAAUGGACCAAUGUACUACAAAGGAGUUUACCACUUUUUCUACCAACAUAACCCUUAUGCACCAACCUUUGGUAGGCAUAUGGUAUGGGGUCAUUCCGUAUCCUAUGAUCUCAUCAAUUGGAUUCAUCUAAACCAUAUUCUUGAACCAAGUGAGUCCUAUGACAUUAAUGGCUGUUAUUCAGGCUCAAUCACAACCCUCCCAGGGGAAAAACCUGUUAUCAUGUAUACAGGGAGUGAUACUAACAAACAUCAAAUUCAGAACUUGGCUAUGCCAAAGAAUCUAUCAGACCCCUUCUUAAGGGAAUGGGUGAAAGACCCCCAAAACCCUAUCAUGAUUCCACCAAGUGGAAUUGAUGUGGAGGGUUUCAGAGACCCGACAACUGCAUGGCAAGGAGGUGAUGGAAAAUGGAGAGUGAUUAUUGGUGCCAAAACGGGUGAUGAUGGGAAGGCUCUUCUCUACCAUAGUGAUGAUUUUGUUAAUUGGAAACUGCAUCCCAAUCCUUUGUAUGCAUCAGACAAUACUGGAAUGUUUGAGUGUCCAGAUUUCUUUCCAGUGCACAUAAGUGGCUCAAAGAGUGGGGUUGAUACAUCAAUCCAAAACUCCAGUGUCAAGCAUGUCUUGAAAAUGAGUUAUCAAAACAAACAACUAGAAUACUAUUUUCUUGGUGAAUAUUUUCCUGAUCAGGAAAAGUUUAUUCCUGAUGCUGAUUGGGCAAGAACUGGUUUGGACUUGAUAUUGGACCAUGGAAUGUUUUAUGCUUCCAAGUCAUUUUUUGACAAUGCCAAGAAAAGAAGGAUAUUGUGGGGAUGGUCAAAGGAGUGUGACACCACACAAGAUGAUUAUGAGAAAGGAUGGGCUGGUCUACAGAGUAUUCCAAGGCAAGUUUGGCUUGAUAAAAGUGGGAAGUGGUUGAUGCAGUGGCCAAUUGAAGAGGUAGAAAAACUACGUGACAAACAAGUUAGCAUAACGGGAGAGAAACUAAUUGGUGGAUCAACUAUUGAAGUCUCUGGUAUUACUGCAUCACAAGUCGAUGUAGAAGUGUUGUUUGAGCUACCUGAACUAGAGAAUGCGGAGUGGCUAGAUGAAAGUGAAGUUGAUUCUCACUUGCUGUGUAGUGAAGAAUAUGCAUCAAGAAGUGGCAUAAUAGGGCCAUUUGGUUUGUUAGCUUUAGCAUCUGAGGACCAAACAGAACACACUGCAAUUUUCUUCAGAAUAUAUAGAGCUCCCAAUAGAUAUUUAUGCCUCAUGUGCAGUGACCAAAGCAGGUCUUCAUUGAGGCAGGACCUUGAUAAAACCCCAUAUGGAACAAUCUUUGACAUUGACCCUAAUGUCAAGACGAUUUCACUUAGAAGUUUGAUUGACCGCUCCAUUAUUGAGAGUUUUGGGGAGAAAGGGAGAAUUUGUAUUACCAGUAGAGUUUAUCCCUCGUUGGCUAUUGACAAAGAUGCACAUCUUUAUGUUUUCAACAAUGGAAGCCAGAGUGUGGUGAUCUCUGAACUGAAUGCUUGGAGCAUGAAGGAAGCAGAAUUUAGUUAAGAAGAAAGCACAAUUAAGCUGUAACUAAAAAGAUUUGGAUAAUCAUUCAACAUUUUAUCUCGAUACUUUAUAUUGUAUGUUAUGUUCAUCUUUUGGCCUCUUGGAAUGAAAUAAGUAAUGUAUUAAUAGUAUAAAAUAACAUCUAUUCAUAAACACAAUCAAACAUAAAUGUUAUCAAACAUAUUAUGCCACUCCUUAAAUGCAUAGCAUUCUUUAAGCAUGGAUAAAAAUCAUCCAGUGUUA